AGCUUUAUUAUUGGCACCUUACCUGAUAAAGGUGCUAAGUUAAAAGAAACUAAUGAAAUAAUUGAAAAAUUAUUAUUAAAACCGAAUAUUUAUGAUGAUGAUAUUUGUGUUGAAAAUACACAUAGUCAUUUAGAAUGCCCUCUAACGAAAAAGUUGGAAGAGCUAACUGUACUCACGCCACGUCAGGGUGCAAGAAAGAGAUCAGUUGACUUGGCUAAUCAACAACAGGCUAUUUAUAACAUUAGACCUGUGAAGCAUAAGCAACAUCAUCAUCCUUUGGUAAGUGCUCCUAUUACUUCGCUACUGUAA